AUGCGUGCAAAGACCGAAAAAAAAGACAGAUACGCAGCUUUUGUAUUAAAAGAAGAAGGUUAUAGCAUCAGACAAAUAGCAGAAAGGCUCGGAAGGUCUCACUCUUGCAUUAUUAACAUAAUUCAACGAUACAAAGAGACCGGUUCAAUUAAUGAUUGUCCUAGGACUGGACGCAAUAAAAUUUCAAAUGACCGUGAUGUUCGCUCGUUAGUGAGAUUAAUGAAAGAAAACAGACAAGCAUCAUCUACAGACUUGUCUACGAAAUGGACACUGUCAAAUGGUCUGAAAGCAAGCCCUAGAACUGUGCAAAGGGUCCUCCAAAUUUUAAAUUAUUUAUGGCGUGCUGCUGCAAAAAAACCACGCUUAAAUAAAAAACAAAAAUUUGCCAGGUAA